AUGCCUGUACAUAGAAGAAAUUUAGAGGAUUCUUUGGAUGGAGCUUCGAUCGAAACAAGCAACACCAUCGAAUUGAAGGAGCUUUUCAAUCACGGACGUUGGAAGAAACCAUUCACUUUCCGUCAUGUCCUGUUUGCUUUGUAUUUACCAUUCGGUCUGGCGUUUUGGCCAUUCCGUUUGCUGCUCAAUGUCGUCGUAUUCUCAUUGUUACUCAUCAUGCCAAAGAGUUUCCGUGUGUCUAUUCGUCCAUUGAUCUGCGUAGCAAUGGGAAUUGUCACCAGAAUUCGUGGACGUGAGAACGUCCCACGUCGUGGCGACCCGAACGCAGCCCGUAUCGUCGUCUCCAACCACAUCUCAGACUUUGAUCCAUAUCCAGUGUUUAUGUUUUUGGACUAUUUCCACUGUUUGGUUGCCGCACACAUCUCAAAGGUGCCAAUCAUCGGAUCGGUCUACCGCAAAUUCGAUGGAAUCUACGUUGACCAAACCGAUCGUAACAAGGCACGUCAAGACGUGUUGGACGCACUGGAGCACAGUGACAUCCCAUUGGUGUUGUAUCCAGAGGGUGGAUUGACAAGCGGUGAUCGUGGAAUGAUGAUGUUCCAAAAGUUUGUCUUUGGACUCGGACACGGUGUCGUCCCAAUCGCCAUGAAAAUAGUCUCACCAUGGCCAGUCAAUGUAGACUACAUCAACAGCAGUUGGUUCAAGAAUUUCUUCUGGUGGAUUCUCGUACCCUACAAUGUAUUCGAUCUCCACAUCCUGCCAGUCCAGAGAAUCCAAGAGAACGAAACCGACGCCGACUUUGCCAAGCGUGUACAAACUCUUAUUGCCACCGAUCUCCAACUCGAAGCAACCAACCAUCCAUAUGCCAAGAAGAAAGAAUUAGCAAAGGAAUUGUUACAAAAUAAUAACAAAAAGAUUUAA